AUGGCCCAGAAUCGCGCCCCAGCUACACCAAAAGAUCCCGGAUCAAAUUCUCAAGAUGGCAAAGCACUGGUUGUAUGUUUUGGGGAGAUGCUGAUUGACUUUGUCCCAACAGUUAAUGGUGUUUCACUUGCUGAAGCUCCUGCUUUCAAGAAGGCUCCUGGUGGGGCUCCUGCAAAUGUCGCUGUUGGUGUGUCGAGAUUAGGCGGUUCCUCAGCUUUUAUAGGCAAGUUGGGUGAUGAUGAAUUUGGGCAUAUGUUGGAUGAUAUCUUGAAACAAAAUAGUGUUGACAACUCUGGAGUGCGAUUUGAUGCCUAUGCAAGGACAGCACUGGCAUUCGUUACACUUAGAUCCGAUGGAGAACGCGAGUUCUUGUUUUUCCGACAUCCAAGUGCAGACAUGCUACUCAAGGAAUCAGAGCUUGAGAUAAACAUCCUCAAGAAGGCUAAAGUCUUCCACUAUGGUUCCAUUAGUUUGAUCUCAGAACCAUGCAGAUCAGCUCAUAUCGCUGCACUGAAAGUUGUCAAAACUUCCGGUGGAAUUCUCUCGUACGAUCCAAAUUUGAGAUUGGCGUUAUGGCCAUCAGCAGAGGCUGCUAAGGAAGGAAUCAUGAGCAUAUGGGACCAGGCUGAUGUUAUUAAGAUAAGUGAGGAUGAGAUUGUAUUUUUAACAGGAGGUGAUGAUCCCCAUGAUGAUAAUGUUGUCCUAAAGAAGCUUUUUCAUCCCAAUCUGAAGCUUCUGGUUGUAACUGAAGGAUCACAUGGCUGUAGAUAUUACACCAAGGAGUUCAAAGGCAGAGUUCCUGGAGUGAAAGUCAAACCUGUUGACACAACUGGUGCAGGUGAUGCAUUUGUUGGUGGCCUCCUCAGCAGCCUAGCUUCAGACCCAAGUAUUCUCAAGGAUGAAAAGAGGUUAAAAGAAGCUCUCUACUUCGCCAAUGCCUGUGGCGCUGUGACGGUAACAGAGAGAGGCGCAAUUCCUGCCCUCCCCACGAAGGAAGCCGUCCUAGAACUCAUAAAGCAAGUUUCUUCCUGA